AUGCUCCACCGCCUCGCCCACACCCGCGUGUGCCACUGCUUCAUCCUCCCCACAUCCCGCGCGCUCUCCAACGCUCCCGCUCCCGCUCCCACUCCACCCACUGCGGCGCCGCUCUCGGCCGCGGACCUCGAGCAACUCCUCCGCCGCUGUCACUACUCUGCCUCCACCCACCGCUUCCACUCCCUCCUCCCCCUCCUCUCGCAUCCCUCCGUCCUCCUCUCCUCGGCGCUCCACCUAAGCCGCCGCGCGCACCCAUCCCUCCCCACCCCGCCCCAACCCCCACCAAUCACCAUUGCCGCCGCCGCCGGUGCGUUCUCAUCCCCAUCAUCCCACCUCCGCCUCCUCCUCCCGUCCCGCCUCAAGGGCCAGCCGCUCCCCGUCCCCACGCUCCCGCUCCGCCUCGCUUUGCGCUGCGCCGCCUCCGUCCUCGACGCCGUGUUCGCCCCGCGCGCGGCCACCUUCGCUUACCGCGGCCGCCACGCAGCCGUCCGAUACCUCAAGUCCAUUCCCAGCGCGUCCUGGUUCUUCCGCGUCGCCAUCCCGCGCCAGCCCUUCGCCCCCCGCCACGUUCGCCGUCUGCUCGGUGCCAUCUCCAGUAAGGUCGAUGAUCCCGGGUUCCUGGAGUUCCUCAACGAGCUGUUCGUCUCUGAUGCGGUCGCAUUUGAGCUUGGUGGCUGCGAGCUCGGACGCGGGCUGCCACAGGAAUCAGAGCUCACUGGCACGCUAGUGAACAUAUUCUUCAAUCUUGUGGAUGGAGAGAUAAUGGUCAUCCGUGAGGAAGUGCACAAAAAGCAUCCUAGAAUGAAGGAUGACAGCGUUCGGCAUACACCUGUGAGAGUGUAUGCGAUUCGGUAUCUAGAUGAUAUUCUGGUUGUGACGUCUGGGUCGAAGAUGCUCACAAUUGAGAUCAGGGACAGGAUAAUUGCUGCCUUGGAGAGGGAUUUGGAGGUGAGGGUGGAUAGAUUGGGAGCUCAAUCCACAGUGCUGUAUCAGAGAAGAUUGAGUUUUGGGGAUAGAAUUCCAAGCUGUGCCACCUUCAAUCUUGCACCCACCCAUGUCAGAGAAAGCAAAGAGGGCAAGGAAGAAGUAUCUGAAGAUGAAGGCUGA